AACGCAAAGCACGCAGCAGAGGUCGCUCGCAUAGAGCCAGUAGCAAGGAGCCAAGUCAGCGAAGAACGCAACACCGCUCGAAUCGCCGCACGGCCGCUCGUUGCUACCCUGCUCGCAUCGCCGGACGGCCGGACGCCACACGGCCCUUCGUGCCUCGGCCCGGCGUUGCUGAGUGCUGCUCCUAGCCUCCUAGUCUGCUUAUCUGGACUCCGGCUAACUGGCUUCUGCUUCUCAGUUUCUGGACGCCCCUGGUUUUGGCAAUUUAGCCUUCUGCUUCUCUCAGGUAGGGCUCUUUCAAGCAUAUCUUCUUGUCAUCUACAACAAUGGCUUCUAUUUCGUUACAGCUUGCCUCCAUUUCUUCAUCGUUCGGUCAGUCCAAUGGAUUUUCAUUGCGGUUCCCUGGUGUCUCCUUUUCACCCCAGACCACUUCUCCGGCAACUCGUCAAUGUGUUUCUUGCCAAACUGCCUCUCCAGCUGUCUCUUUAUCCACCAUCAGUGGGAAAGAACGCAGUCCUCAGAAAGACUUCCUCCACAUCAAUGAUUUUGACAAAGAGACUAUUUUGAAAAUCUUGGAUAGAGCUAGAGAGGUGAAGGCACUUGUAAAAUCUGGUAACAAAGCAUAUCAUCCAUUUAAGGGGAAGACAAUGUCAAUGAUUUUCGCUAAGCCAUCCAUGAGGACUCGGGUCUCAUUUGAAACCGGGUUUUACUUGCUUGGUGGGCAUGCAAUAUAUUUGGGGCCAGAUGAUAUCCAGAUGGGGAAGCGGGAAGAAACCCGUGACGUUGCUCGCGUUCUUUCUCGCUAUAAUGAUAUCAUAAUGGCACGGGUUUUUGCUCAUCAGGAUAUAUUGGAUCUAGCCAAAUAUGCAAGCGUACCUGUGGUCAAUGGCCUGACAGACUAUAACCAUCCUUGUCAAAUAAUGGCCGACGCACUUACAAUAAUUGAACAUGUUGGACAUCUUGAAGGGACAAAGGUUGUCUACGUUGGAGAUGGAAACAACAUUGUGCACUCUUGGCUAUUGUUAGCUUCUGUGAUUCCUUUCCACUUUGUUUGUGCUUGCCCAAAAGGGUUUGAGCCUGAUCAGAAGACGGUUGAAGUCGCACAACAAGCGGGAGUUGGCAAAAUUGAAAUAACUAAUGACCCAAAGGAAGCUGUUAAAGGAGCUGAUGUUGUUUAUUCAGAUGUUUGGGCCUCCAUGGGCCAAAAGGAAGAAGCAGCACAUCGACGUAAAGUCUUUCAAGGGUUUCAGGUAGAUGAAAAGCUGAUGAAAUUAGCGGGCCCAAAAGCGUAUUUCAUGCAUUGUUUACCAGCAGAAAGAGGGGUGGAGGUGACUGAUGGGGUAGUAGAAACAGCAAACUCAAUUGUGUUCACCCAAGCUGAAAACAGGAUGCAUGCCCAGAAUGCCAUUAUGCUCCAUGUCUUGGGCCUCUAAAUCUUAUCCUCCUUUUAAUUUAUUUAUUAUAAAAUCAAUCUUUUUUCUUUCAUGAGACCAGCAAACUUGCACCAUUAUUGAUGCUCAUUUUUCUCUGGCGAUUUUUAUCCGUGUUGGAUUGUCCCAGAGUUUUGUUAUUAGACUUUCUGGUAAUUUUUAUGUACAUCUAUCUAUCAGACCGAGAAUUCUUAUGAAAGAAAGUUUGUGUUUAAUUAUACUUCUGGUCCCAUGAUGAUUUUCAGAAUACUUGUCUUUGGUCGAAGCAAGUUCUUUGCGUUCUCGAAUUUGAGCAUCAAUUGAUAGUCAUUUUCGAAUCUGAUUCUUC